AUGGAACCAGGAGAAGAAAAAGACGCACAAAUUCUAAACAUUAGAAAAAGUAAAUUGUUCCUACAAGCAAUUCAAGACACUGAGACAAACUUCGCUCUCCCAGACGACGACACCGGACUAACCUAUUUACUGGGGGACAAAAAAUACACAUACGAUGACAAUACGCCCGAUCGAGCUCCAUACUUUCCACGAAACAUACGCCAACGUGAGAAACGUAAUGUAUAUAAUUGGGAUGUCCAAAAAACUGGAUUGUAUAUCGAUCGUAUACUUCUGUUUCUUGAGGAAUUUUAUUAUUUGGUGGGAGAUGAACAAGGAAAAGAAGGGGGAGGUCGUAGUCUUCAACAAAUAAUUGAUCGAGAUAUACAGAAAAGAUGUGAACUUGAGAGUAAAAUUGAAAGUGAUAAUGAUGAAGCUUUAUCGUUAUUGUUGGAUGACACCGAGAAAUAUUUGCAUGGAUUUCGAUAUUUAUAUGAUCUUGAAAGAAAGAAAUCAAAACAACCCGAUUUAGUUUUCACAAAUGGAUACGGGAUAUUUGUAAUUGUUGAAAGGCAGAAAAGAACACCGAAAAAGGGUAUCACGAUUAACAAAAAAUGGCAAAAGAAGAAAAAAGAUUUCUGUGAACAUAAUCGCGAUAAUAAUAUUGUCGCAGUACUUGGAGCAGCUUUUAUUGCUACGACCACUGCUUCCGUUAUUGAUGGUGAGUCGUCUGGUGAAGAUGGAGAUGUUGGUGACGGUGAUAAUGGAACAAGGAUUUUAUUUCUGUUAACGGACGAGAGAAUCGCCACGGGCGUUGCUAAAAUUUCUAAUGGCCGUGGGGAGAGGCUAAAUGAAGCACUUGAAGAUAAUUCUCAUGAUAAAAUCCUUGAGAGUGAACCUUUCAAUUUUUCAACAUCAGCCUCAUCAACAGAUGUCGAUGUAGGAAACAGUCGCGAACCUGAAGAGCAGACCUCUAUAGAAAAUCACACAAAAACAAGUUCAAUUAUACGAGACUUCAUUGAGCUGUUGGCAUGGGUAUUGUUGUAUAACGUGUUGUCUAGAGAAUGGUUUCUUGUUAUCCUGGGUAUUGGAUAUAUUUUUAAUUUGUGA